UAUAUUUAUUUCGUUGUGCAUUUCGAGUGUAGAAAGGCCUACUAAACCAGAAGUCGUGAACUCCUAUUGAUAUUAAUACGGGACACAAUCUCGGCAUGAUUAAAAUGUGGUUUGGAUUUGAAGAACAAUAGUGUUAAUUAAGCAAGAUUGUAACAACGCUUAUCAUUUGGAUAUUGUGUAAUAUGUCAGUGUGACAUUGAUUGUAAUUUGUGGUUUCUUCUUAUCAGUACAAAACAAUUUACUUCCUUGUAACAAAAUAAACAAACGUGGCUGAAUGAACAUUUAUUUGAUUUAGUUCGUGAAUUUUUUGAAACUCAAGAGAGAAAAUGGAAAAUAAUUAUGGAUCAUCACUCACUUUCUUCCCAUAGAUGGUGUUGAGGUUCGAGAAGUACUAGACCUCAGUGCUAUUGUUCGUUGAAAUGGGUCAAUUCGCUAUAAAAUAUACAGGAAAAGUACUUCCUACAACUAUUCGGCAAUCUUCGGUAAGCUCGGAAUAGACAAUCGUUACCACUCGGCAGUCUUCGGCAAACCUCGUGGGAAGGCCCACUGGACAGUCGAUAACUAUUCGAAAUGUUUACACAGGAAUAAAAUAAGGCAUGUUUAAAAUCAUUUUUGUAUAAUUUGAAAAAUGAUUGUAAAUUUAGUACGGUUGUGACUACGCUUAUCAUUUUGAUAUCGUGUUAUAUAGCAGUGUGGAUUUGAUCGAAAUAUUGGUUUUCUUCGUAUCAGCGGAGUACAAAAUAAUUAACUUCCUAGUUACAAAAUAAACAGAAACUGACUGUGUGAACUAGUUUGUGUGUCAUUUUUAAUCUCAAAAGCGAAAAUGGCUUCUAAGUUUGAAUCAUCCAUUCAGAGGGGCUGUGACUUCAUUCAUGAUUUUUCCUGCUCUCCGUGUGAAGAGAACGGAUUUAACACCGAAGCUGACCAUUAUUGUACUCAAUGCAUGAAAUAUUACUGCCAAAACUGUGUUCUAAAACAUGACGUAUUAUAUCAGAAGCACGCAGUGCUCGGCCGGAAGGACGUGAAGAAAUGGGAGGCAGCCCCAGGGGCGGUGGACGCCCUGGAGAGAUGCGGGAUGCAUCGCGGGGAGGCACUGAAGUUGGUAUGUGCCGACCAUGACCAGCUGUGCUGCCAUGUGUGCGUCGCCGUGGACCACAGACAAUGUUCCAAAAUCCAUCCCAUUCCAGAUGUAGCAAAAGGAAUUCAGAGAAAUAUUGAGUUUCAGCAAAUUCCAAAGAAGAUCGCUGAACUUGAAAAGCAAUUCGAGCUGAUGAAAGAAGCACGAAUGAAGAAUACGACAUCUCUGAAAAAGACGAGGACAGCCAUUUCUGAUGAAAUUAAAACCAUACGUAAAAAGAUCAACGAAAUCCUUGAUAAGAUUGAGAAGACAACUUUACAAGACUUGGACGGAAUAAUAGCUAAACUUGAAAAAAAUAUAAAGAAAGAUAUCGAAACUUGUGAUAAAAUGACUAUUGAACUGCAAAACAUGAUUGCCGCUUUUCAAACAAAAUCAAAAUCAAGCGAGUCAAAAUCAUAUAUUGCGUACAGAAAGAGCCAGGAUAUGAUUUCACAAGCAAACGAUCAUCUUCAUGGCAUAUCCACCAUUGAGUGUUACAAUGUAACAUUUCAAGCCAAUAACCUUAUCGAAGAACUUUUAUCUUCAAUAAAGACGUUUGGAGCGAUUGAAGAACAAACUGUUACGAUUAAACAGCGAAAAGAUCCCCUUUCCGAUCCAAACCACGUCUUCAGUGUUGAAGAGUACAAGGAGUACAACGUGAAGAUGAGUGAUAUCCGUGGUGUAUGUGAAUUGUCUAGUGGAGAGUUUGUCAUAGCAGACUGGGGUAAUUGUAAAGUGAAGCUCCUGGACAAGGAGUACAGGGUGAUCGACCACUGUGAUGUCCCGUGGGAUCCAUAUGACGUGUGCCACAUUGACGGAAAUGAAGUGGCCGUUUGUGUUAACAGUGGUCAUGCUGAUAGACGAGGACUUUAUCUCAUUAAUGCUACGAAAGGGAAACUCGUAACUACGAGGAAGUUAAGCUUCACCCAUGGAUGUAAUGCCGCAGCUCACUAUGGCGGCCAGCUUUACAUCUCCUCCAGUGACGCCCUGUACAUCUACACGAUGUCGGGAAAGAAAGUGAAGACGCUGUACGAGGACUUCGGUGUGAUUAUCACAGUGAUGAAAUGUGCCAUCAGUAACGACGGGAAGACAAUCUACAUCACAAACUCCAGUAAACAUCAACUGAUCACCCUAGACAACAAGGGCAACAAGCUGGCCUUACUCACUGACCCUGACAUGAAACAUCCUACCGGAGUACACGUGACACCUGCUGGACACGUGUUCGUCUGCUGCGAAGGCUCCAACACAGUGCUGCAGGUUGACAACGACGGGAAGAAAAAGUUGACCACACUGGCAAGUAAGAGAGACGGACUGAACAAACCGCGUGAUUUAUUCUUCAGCAGCCGCACUUUCUCUCUGAUUGUUGGUGGAUGGAACGGCACACUUCUUGUUAUCAAGUUAAAUUAAAACUAAAAACUUUUAAUGUUUGAUUUGGUACUAUCGAACAGGAAUCUUCCAUAUUUUUAUUGCAAAGUAUAUUGUAGUAUUGUCAUACAUGUAUAUAAUUGUUUUGUUUAGACCGCAUGGUAUAAGUAAUAUGAUAUGAAUCCAAAAGCAUCUUGUGAAUACUUAUAUUUUAUCAUAUUUUGGACAAUUUAUAUCCAAGAAACUACAAACGAAAUAUUAUAUAUAUAUAUGUUUUAUUUGAUGAAUGUAGUCUGUUCAAUUUUCGUGUAUAUAUAUAUAACACCGUCAUAUUGACUUAUUCAAUUUAAAUAUAAUGAUGAUUUACUUGCAUACUAUACAUACAGGUGAA